AUGAACGCUUCCUCGAGCGGCUCAACUGUGCCACCUUCCCAGGAUGAUAAAAAAUUCCUCAUUCGCCGCAUGCAAUACUCGGAUAUUCCAUUCAUGGCAAACAUAGCGACAACCGAGUAUUUUGAAUCUGAUCUUAAUAAAUUUCUCUGCCCGCAUCGACGUCAAUAUCCCGACCACCUCCGCCGACGCUUCGUUCAGAUGAUGCGAGCUCGCUAUUUGGACCCCCGGUCUAUGGGCUUUGUCGCCGUGGAGCCUUCUAGUCCCCGACAGCCUGUAGGCUAUGCUCAGUUUACCCGGUUGGGAAAUGACGAGGCCGCACAGCGUCUCAUCACGGUGCAAAGCUCCGUCUGGCUCGCGCUGUGUGGCUGGUGGCUUCGAAUCCAAACAUCGAUAGAGACCUUCUUGUGGCCGGACCGAUCAAUCGAUCGUGACGCGAUGCGCCAGUUUGACACAUUCGCAAAGCGCGACGCCCAGACGUACUGGGAAUCCACCGAGAUGAAGGCAACAUAUCAGAACCGCUGGCAUGUGCGAAGUCUUGUGGUAUCCUCAUCGCACCAGCGCCAAGGCAUUGGCCGGGCCCUAAUGGCCGAGGUCUUGCAGCGGGCUCAGCACGAAGAGGUUGUGGUGGGACUGGAAGCAAGUGGGGACGGGGAGAAGCUCUAUCGCGCGCUGGGAUUCCGGAUGCGAGGCCCAUUCUCUUUGGUUAUUGGUCCGCCAGUGGGAGGAAUCAUGAUGUGGACGCCGGAAAAGACGGACGACGUGAUGAAGUACGAGCUUUCGGAUGCAGACAAAGGGGGUUACCUCAAGAGUGUGACGGCGGCCAUCUUCUAUGAACUUCCCCUCGGCAUUGAUCAGGAACGAUUGAUUUCCUCCAUGACGGAGGGGUUGAAGAACGCAACCCGUCAAUUGCCCUUCAUGGCAGGAUAUCUACACUUUGAUGACUCCGGCAAGCUCUGCAUCACGAAGUCCCCAGCAAACCAGCUAGAAUUCGACAUCCACCGAUUCGAAUCCACGGAGCACAAGUCUCUCCCCACCUUGGCUGCAACCUCGUUCUCUCCCGAUACAGUGGAUCUCACUCACUUCUUGCCCGAAAGCCCAGAGGACGAGAAGCCAGUGUGUAGGUUGAAACUGAGUCUCGUUCAGGGUGGCUUGGUUCUGGGAUUCAACGUCAAUCAUGCGGCCGGGGACUGGACUUCGAUUGAGAAAUUCCUGUCCCUCGUUUGCCAAAGCAGCAAAGCACACCAGGAGCGCCGGAAGAUGCCGACUUACAUGCCCGAUCUGAAUAGGGCCCCAUAUAAUACCCCAGCUAUCGACUCGACAAGCUCGAGACAGGAUCUAUUAGAAGCUCUCCCGCUGUUCUACGUGAUGGAGAAGAGCCAAUUCAAACCACCGCCGUCACAACCCUCCCAAUCUAGUAUCUACAAAAUCUCGAAGGCAACAGUCCAACAAAUCAAAGCGCAGUGUUCUCCCUACCUGAGCGGAGUGGAUUUUAUAUCCUCUUACGACUGCAUCUCUGCCCUUAUCUGGGUGUCAAUCACGCGUGCCCGGCUGCAUCUUCACCCGGAGAAAGCCACCUCCACAUCUCGCUUCAUCCACCCCAUCGACGUCCGAGCUCGAGACCCGGAAAGCAAAACUUCGGAACGAUACUUUGGCAAUGCCGUGAUCGGGUCUCAAGCAGGCCCCCUCGAUGCCCAAGCCCUGGUGGCAGACGGAGACCGGGGUCUCGCAACCGCAGCAUCUCUAAUCCGCCAAUCUUCGAACUCCGUCAGCUUGUCCUCCAUCGGCUAUAUGACCGCUCUCAUUUCAUCCCUCUCUCCCACAGAAACGUUGGGCACCCGGGCAGAUGUAACCGGAAUGGACGUAUUUAUGAAUACCUGGUACUCGGAAAGCACAGAGAAGUACGAUAUUGGAGCGGGUACGACGCCAGUAGCAUUUCGACUCCACUCAUCUACGCCGGGGGCUUGCGCGGUAAUCCUGCCCGCUUUCUCGCGGGGACUAACGAGGGCAUUCGAGGUUCAUCUGCAGCUAGCAGUGGAGGAGCAUGAAUUGUUGAGAGGAGAUGCCGAAUUUUUGAAAUACUUCGACCCUGUUGCAUGA